AGUUUUUAUUAAAAGUAUAUAUUUCAGCACCCCGCGGAAGGACCGCAGUUGUACAGGACAAACAUAGGUACCGGUAAGCGUUUUCAGAAUGGACAUUUUUACAAGAAUCGACUGAUGGUGACUCAAUGUUGUCGCCAGCAAAUGUCGCGACCAGUCAUCAAAAGUCAACUCCGCCUUGACGUGAGAGACCGGUGGUGAGCGUUCCUCAGCUAGGGUCAGGGUUGAUGAGGGCUGCGGGAUUCAUUCCUGCCUAUUUGUACGAGAUUUAGAUGAUCUACCGUAGUUUGUUUUCAGAUCUUUUGAAGAAGGUUCGUUCCUGGAGUCUGGCAGCGAGGCAAGUCAAUGUGAAGACAGCAUGCGGUGAUGGUGAGGCAGCCUGAGUCUGUGUAAAAUGAAGAGCCCGGUGCACAGGUGUAGGGACGUGGAGAGCCAGGCUGCCUGCCUGCAGACUGAGCAGCAGCAGUAUGUCCCGGUCUCCCAGCACACCUCCAGCAGCAUGUGGUUUAUCAGGGACGCGUGUGGCAUCGUGUGUGGGGUCAUCACCUGGAUGUUGGUGUUCUAUGCUGAAUUUGUAGUGCUCUUCGUCAUGCUGUUGCCUUCUAAAAACCUGACCUAUAGCUUAGUCAACGGCACUGUGUUCAAUACUCUGGCCUUCCUGGCUCUCGCCUCUCACUUCCGGGCCAUGUGCACCGACCCUGGAGCUGUGCCAAAAGGGAAUGCCACUAAAGAGUACAUCGAGAGUCUUCAGCUGAAGCCGGGACAGGUGGUCUACAAGUGUCCCAAAUGUUGCAGCAUCAAGCCUGACCGGGCACACCACUGUAGUGUGUGCAUGCGCUGCAUCCGGAAGAUGGACCACCACUGUCCCUGGGUGAACAACUGUGUGGGAGAGAACAACCGGAAGUACUUUGUGCUCUUCACAAUGUACAUUGCACUCAUCUCUCUCCACUCUCUGGUGAUGGUGGUCUUCCACUUCCUCUACUGCUUUGAAGAUGAUUGGACAAAGUGCAGUUCCUUCUCACCUCCUGCGACCGUCAUCCUCCUCAUCCUCCUGUGCUUUGAGGCCCUCCUCUUCCUCCUCUUCACCUCCGUGAUGUUCGGGACUCAGGUCCAUUCCAUCUGUACAGAUGAGACGGGCAUCGAGCGUCUGAAGGGGGAGCAGGCCAGGUGGGAGAAGACUUCAUGCUGGGAGGCCAUGAAGUCAGCGUUUGGAGGGCCCUUCUCCCCAUCCUGGCUCAGCCCCUUCUCUGACCUCCAGUGUAAGAGGGAUCCCAAUGCCCACGUGGUGGUGCCACAGGGGGAGAUCAUCGAGGAGGACGUCAUAGAGAUACCACUGGUCUAGUAUCAUAGACUCCCAUAGAAAUAGAACGAAUAGAAUGGGCGUGGCACCUACAACCCUGGCAAUUAGACUGGUUAACUCAUGGAUGCCUGGUUAUAACCCUGGCCAUUAGACUGGUUAACUCAUGGGUACGCUCCCUAUGGAUGCCUGGUUAUAACCCUGGCCAUUAGACUGGUUAACUCAUGGGUACGCUCCCCUAUGGAUGCCUGGUUAUAACCCUGGCCAUUAGACUGGUUAACUCAUGGGUACGCUCCCUAUGGAUGCCUGGUUAUAACCCUGGCCAUUAGACUGGUUAACUCAUGGGUACGCUCCCUAUGGAUGCCUGGUUAUAACCCUGGCCAUUAGACUGGUUAACUCAUGGGUACGCUCCCUAUGGAUGCCUGGUUAUAACCCUGGCCAUUAGACUGGUUAACUCAUGGGUACGCUCCCUAUGGAUGCCUGGUUAUAACCCUGGCCAUUAGACUGGUUAACUCAUGGGUACGCUCCCUAUGGAUGCCUGGUAUUGUGAUCCAUUAUGCUGCCAUUGACUUAAUAAUAAUGAUCAGGAGGGUGCUUCCAUUGAUCCUGUUUCACACAUGGACAAGUAUGUAUUAUACGCAUGAGUGAAUUGGACAUUUCGUUUUUUUGCAUAUCCCAACUCCCCCUGAGGCACCCUGGGAGAGUGGGGUCUGGACUAUGCUUGAAUGGGGACGCCAGUUCUAUUCAUUCUAUUUCUAUUGAGACUCCACUGGUCUAGUGUGGUGUCUUCCUACAGUGCUACUGCUGAUUGGACCAAAGCCUUAAAGGGGCUCUAUCCUUAGAAUGACCCACAAAAUGUCCAGGUCUAUGCCCCUGGUGAUGUGAAUGAGGUGUAAGUUCGACGGGGACGAGUUGGAUUGACCCAAACGUGCUCUUUCAGUACUCAAGAGCAUCCCAUGCAUACACAGCUCUGCAUGGUUCAGUUGUGUUGAGGGAAGAGCUCUAGAAGUGACCUGUGGACUGUGCAGAAUCUAGACUGUCUGUGGCCUUCCUCUACUCUUACUUCACUGAGUGCCUUUUAUAAACUGUCAAACUGAGAAUUGACAGUUACUAGCCUUAUUCUGCAAGGUAUGCAGGUGGUAACAGUUUUUAACCUUUUUUUUUUAUGUCUGUAUUAUCAUGUUAGAGAAUUACAUUACCUUUAUAAGUGUGUUUUAAUUAAAGGGCCUUAUCUAAACAUUCCAUUAUUAAUGUUCAAUAACAUUCAAAUGUUAACAUACAACUGUCAUGCAUUUAUUAUCAUUGUCUUAAUCUGGAACAUGAAGCGCAAACACUAUUUUAUUGAAUGAGGGUUAGAUGAUAGUGUAGGGGGGUUAGAUGAUAGUGUAGGGGGGUUAGAUGAUAGU